UUUAUUGUGGAGUGUCAUGGGAAUACACUUCUUCCCCAGUUUUUGGGCAUGUACCGACUUACUGUUGAUGGAGUUGAAGUAUAUAUGAUUGUUACAAGAAACGUGUUCAGCCAUCGUUUAUCUGUUUAUAGAAAAUAUGAUUUAAAGGGCUCUACUGUGGCUCGAGAAGCCAGUGACAAAGAAAAGGCCAAAGAGCUGCCGACGUUCAAAGACAAUGAUUUUAUUAACGAUGGCCAAAAGAUUCAUAUUGAUGAGAAUAACAAAAAGAUGUUCCUUGAGAAACUCAAAAAGGAUGUUGAGUUCCUUGCUCAGUUAAAACUCAUGGACUACAGCUUGUUGGUUGGAAUCCAUGAUGUUGAAAGAGCUGAACAGGAAGAAGUAGAGUGUGAAGAGAAUGAUGGAGAAGAGGAAGGUGAAAGUGAUGGGACCCACCCAAUUGGAACCCCUCCAGACAGUCCAGGAAACACACUGAACAGCUCGCUGCCCUUGGCUCCAGGGGAAUUUGAUCCAGCUAUUGAUGUUUAUGGAAUAAAAUCCCAUGAAAAUGCACCUAGGAAGGAAAUAUACUUUAUGGCCAUUAUUGACAUUCUUACUCAUUAUGAUGCAAAAAAGAAAGCUGCCCAUGCUGCAAAAACAGUAAAGCAUGGGGCUGGUGCAGAAAUUUCAACUGUUAAUCCUGAACAGUAUUCAAAGCGCUUCUUGGACUUUAUUGCCAACAUCUUGACGUAACCUUUCAUGUUACAUAGGACAGACACGAGACCUGGGGACAGCAGCAGUGGCUACAAGCGUAGGGAAAAAAAGGAACUCAGAGAAGUGCUCAUCUUGCAGAAAGCAACCCCUUUGUUUACAUCUGCUGGCAAAGAUGACUGAAGUGGGGUGGAGUACUCGCUUUAACAGCUGCCUGAUAUUCCCAGCAUAGUUCUAGCUAUUUCUGACUCUUUUGUGUGUG